AUGAGAAUAAACGCAAGGAACAACACGCUAUUUAAUAUCGACAACAUGCAGAUUGAAAAUGUGGAAAACUUCACGUACCUUGGAAGUGGCAUAACAGAAAGCGGAGGUACAGAAAACGAUAUUCGUAUGAGGAUAGGAAAAGUUCAACAAGCAUUCAGCAUGCUUAACCCUGUUUGGAGGUCUGGGGAAUAUACUACAAGGACAAAGAUCCGAAUAUUCCAGUCAAAUGUUAUGUCUGUUCUACUCUAUGGAUGUGAAACCUGGAAAGUGACAAAAUCCCUUACAGACAAAUUGCAGAUCUUUGUUAACAAAUGUCUACGAAGAAUUGUCCGUAUUUUCUGGCCAAAAACAAUCAGAAACGAAGACCUGCUACACCUGACCCAACAAAAGAGGGUAGAAAAUGAAAUAAAAUCCAGAAAGUGGGGGUGGAUAGGUCACACACUCCGAAAAGAUAAUUCCAGUAUUGCAAAAACUGCCCUAGAGUGGAAUCCCCAAGGAAAAAGAAAAAGAUGUCGCCCAGCACAAACUUGGAGAAGAUACAUCAUGGACGAAAUAAGAAGUCAAGGAAAGUCUUGGAAUGAGGUGAAGGCCCUAGCGCAAAAUAGAACCCGAUGGCGCGUUUUCACUGAAGCUCUAUGCUCCACUUAGGAGUUCAAGAACAUUAUUAUA